AUGGAUGAUCACAAGGCCGUACCCGGAGGCCUUGACGAGGGCCUCAUUCGCACCCUGCAACAACCGACCUCACUCGGCAUCAUCGUCACCCUCAUCGCCGUGCUUCUCACCACCAGGUUGAUCAGUGGAGGUUCGUCUUCCUUCAAGGAUGGAUCUAAGACGCCUCCUCUCGCGCCCUACUGGACUCCCUUUCUCGGCCACCUUCCCCGGAUCUUCUUCAAUCCCAUCUACCCGCUGAUGAGGCUGCGGAACCGGUACCCAGAAGGUGUCUUUUCCAUCCGAGUCUUUCGCAAUAUCCACACCUUCAUAUUCAAACCAGACCUCUCGGACGCCCUUCUUCAACAGCCAAGUGCUAUCGCCGACGACCGGGCCAUCGUUCGCCGCUUGAUGGUAUCAAACUUCGGCCUUUCCACCAAAGACCUCGAUGCAUACGACAAGGCCUCCAGCGAGGUUCAAGAAAAGACCAAGGAAUUCCUUACCAACUCUCACUUGAAUGUCUUGACCGAAGGGGCUCUCCGGGGCCUGAACGAGCAAGCUGCUGACCUGGUCUCCUUUAAUUCUUUCCCCAUUGACCAGAUGGAAUGGGAAAAGGUGUCCGGAGCAGAGAGAGUGGAAGAUCCCAGCGAGAUUAUCAUGGAAGCCGACUACAUGGAGCUGAUAAAGACGUUUAUUGCGAGGUCUUCCAACGCAUCUGUUUUUGGAACCGAUUUUAUUGAGAACUUUCCCGAGGUGUGGCCGCAACUCUGGGCUUUUGACGACUGGUUCAUCGCGCUGGCGCGGAAUAUCCCCGUCUGGGUUCCAUGGGUUGGCGGUCAGCGAGCAAGAGGUCCCCUGCGGCAACUGCUCUCAAUUAUGCGGGAGUAUCACGAAGCCUGGGAAAAGUCUCUGAAUGGCGAGAACCCGGGACCCAAGUGGCAAGACCUGCACAAUGUCAGUCAGCUCGUCAAGUCGCGAAUCCAAAUCUUCCGCAAGCACGAGCUAUCGCUUGAUGUCCGCGCUGCCUACGAUCUUGCCCUUCUCUGGUCUUUAAACGCAAGCUCCACCCCUCUCACCGCCUGGUCUCUCCUUGAACUCUACCAAGAUCCUGUCCUGCUUGUGCAGGUCCGUGAUGAGAUUGCUCCGUUUGUCAACAUCGUCCAACCUCGCCACGAAUUUGGAGCAUCAGUUUGGGUCCCACCUAGAGUCGAGACGAUCAAUCUGGACGCGUUGAUGACGAAAUGCCCGCUGCUCAUGGCUACUUACCUCGAGACUGUGAGACUCUAUGGUGGAGGCUGGUCUGCCAAGUGGCUCGAAGAGGAUGUGGUUCUCAAGGAAGAUGGACAGCCUACCUACGUGCUCAAAAAGGGAACUUACGCGCACGUCUUGCAUGAGAUCCACCACUCUGACCCGAAGUGUUUUCCCAGCCCUCAUGAAUGGCAAGCAACACGACAUCUUCAGGACGGCGCGAACGGAAAGAUUGAAGUAGCAAACACAGGCUCUGUGAAACCAUAUGACGGGAGCCUGACGCUCUGCGAUGACUCAGGGUUUACCCUGAGGAAGAUGAUCCUCCACACUGCUGUCAUCAUCUCACUGUACAGCUUCAAGCCAGUAGGGCGCGGAAAGUGGAACGUUCCACCAAUUUCAAAAGGGCCGGUGUCAUCACACCCUGCGUUACCGUUCAGAGUUUGGAUCAAGCGGAAGGAUGUGUGA